CAAACGGCCGCUCUGUUUCCCGUCAUGCACCGCGGCUCCGAUCAGUCCAGCUGUGGUUCGGACGGGAACAAGUCGACACAAAUGUCUCCGGUUUUAACGGCACCGCGGCUCUAAACGGACCCGAGCAGUGGAGCCUAUCGCGCCAGUAACCCCGUUCACGGUGGAUGCCGCUCACAGCGCGGAGUUCGUACCGGAGGAGGACAAAAAACCCGGAUGAGAAGGUCCCGGAGCGACCCGGGGAGUCUUCUGCUCAGGUGAUGGCGCCCACACGGAUGAAGCUGCGCGUCCGUCGCCGUGACAACGUGGCCGCCGCAGGUGAAGAGGAGCGGACGAGGGAGAGCGGCAGCAGUCGGAGGAAGAACACCAGCAAAACCACGACUGCAGCCGCCGCCGCAGCGUCUCCUCCCGCCUCCUCCGCGUCACGGGCGGUGAUGGCGGCGGAGGAGACGUCACCCGACUCCAAGUGUCCGAUCUGCCUGGACCGCUUCAACAACCUGGCCUACUUGGACCGCUGCCUACACCGCUUCUGCUUCCCUUGCAUCCAGGAGUGGUCGCACAACAAGGCCGAGUGUCCGCUCUGCAAGCAGCCCUUCGCCUCCAUCCUGCACUCGGUGCGCGCCGAGGAUGACUUCAAGGAGUACACGCUGCGGCCAGCACCCACCAACAGCAGCGUGGCCGCCACCGUGGCCAUGGUGGCAGCCAUGGCGUCGGCGGCAAGGAGCGACCACCAGAUGAGGCUGAUGCUGAGGAGGCACCGGGUGGCGGACGGUGGAGAGACGACGGCGAGGAGGCGGCGGAGGGAGAGGGGGGGCCGGGGGGGAGGCCGGAGGGGGGAGGAGAGGGCGGGGGGUGUGUGGGAGUGGGCGGCUGAGGGGCGGGGCCGACAUGGCAGAACGCGGUGUCGUGUUCGAGAAUCUGGCGGGCCUCGGGGGGCGGUGGACCCGGCGGCGCCCAAUGACCGGGCGUCACGCCGGCUGAUCUGGCACCUGGCGGCGAGGCAGCGGCUUCAGCGGGAAGGAGGAAAUGUGCGGCGGCUGCGGGAGAGAGAGACAAUGGCUUUCCGCCGCGCCCUCUACCGCUGCGGCAUACGGGUCAGCGGAGUCGCCGGUAACCAGGAACAACAGCAGCAGCGUGACAUCACAGCAGAGAGCUUCCGCAGGAACCCCGCCCACCUGAACAGACUGCGCCGCUGGGUGCGGCGGGAGUUGACGGUGCUGUACGGGGCGCACAUCUCCCUGGUGGACGUGGUCCAGCGCGUCAUCAUGGCCCAGCUGGCCCACUACGGCCUGGAGGACACGCACACCAUAGAAGAAGAGCUGCGGCCCUUCCUGAUGGCGCGCACCGAGCACUUCCUGCACGAGCUGUUCAGCUUCGCCCGCUCGCCGCUCAGCAUGGACAACUACGACCUGCAGGCCACGUACGACCUGCAGGCGCUGUACGAGCUGCCGGUCACCGCCCUGCAGCUGGACGGCACCAGCAGCUCCUCGGACGGCAGCUCCGUCAUCGCCAUAUCGGAGGGCGAGGAGGGAGGUGGAGCCAACGACGACGUCAUCCAGACGGGAAGCUGCCUGAGCCUGUCGGGGUGGGACGAUGAGACGCCGGGCCCCUCCUACUCCACCGCCGAGCCCUCCUGCUCGCUGUCGCUUAGCCCCCCUCAGGAGCUGACCAAUGAGGAGGGAGGAGAGAAGCGGGCGGAAGAGGGGGAGGAGGAGUGUCUGAUUGUCGGCUACAAGAAGCCGAUCGCAGAACGAACUCCGGAGCUGGUGCAGCUGUCAUCCGACACCGAGGAGGAGAAUAAGGAGGAGCCGGAGAAACCUCCCCCGCUCCCCUCCACCGCUCUGCCCCCCUACUUACCCACAAUCCCUCCCUCCACGUCCGGCGUCUUCAGCUAUGAGCCGGACCACGGUGAGAAGGGUGGAGAGGUGGGGCCGCGGCGCUCACGUGCACGCUCGUGGUCGGGAAGCAGCAGGAACUCAGUGUGCACGUUGAGCCCGGCCACGCCCGGAGAUGGCGAGCCACGGCGGGAGCGAGCAAGCUGGAAAGACGGGAAGCAGCCCGGCGGUGAGGAGGCGAGGGAGAAGAGGAGGAGGAGCAAGAGGAGGAGGAGAGGCCGGGAGAGGAAGAGCGGCACGCUGUACAACCCCAACCGCUCUAUCUACCCCGCCAUGAUGCCUCGCCGCUCACCCUCGCCGUUCCGCUCCAGUGCCGAGUCCGGCUCACCGCCCGACUCCAGCUGGGAGUACCGCUGCUCCCAGGUGUCCCCGCUCACCUCCUCCGUCUCCUCGCCCUCCUGCUCCUCGUCGCCGUUCUGCUCCUCGCCUCUGCCACCGUCGCCGCCGCGGCCUCAGACCCCGCCCUCGCUGUCGCCCAGCAGCAGCACCCACCACGGGGAGAAACCCGGCGGCAAGAGGAAGUACAAGAGCCGGCACCUGGACAGCGACGUGAAGGACCCGACAUGGAGGCCGAGCAGCAGCCAUCAGCGGGAGAAGAGGAGGGAGAAGGAGAGGAGGAGGAGGAGGAGGAGGGAGAGGAAGAGCAGCAGGAGGUCCAGAGAAGACCGGAGUCCCAGCGUGGAGAUCAUCUAUGAGGGAACCAUCAUGUCGGACGCAGCGCAGCCUCGAGCCACCAAACGCCGCCGGAGACGCCACCGUGGGAUGCAGCCGGGCAGCUCUCCGGUCAUCAUCACGCUGGACAGCGACAGCAGCCACCAAGACGCCAACAACAACCAGACCCGCCUCAGCAGCAGCAGCAGCAGCAGCAGUCCGCUCAGCAGUCAGCAGACCGUCGACUUCUCCACCGCCGACCUUCCUCCUCUGCCAUUGGUGCACUCGGCCGGAGUGGGCGGGGCUUUGGACGCUGACAUCGGCGAACUUCCCGUCGACAUCCUGGAUCGAGGAUCCGACGGCUCGGAGGGCGAGUCCAAGGGUCCAAUCGACGACGUGGACGGUGAUGUGGACGUGGAGAACAUGGAGGAGGGCGGGGCUCCAGCAGCAAACACACAUGACGAUCAGCCAAUGGGAGAGAACACCCCGCCCUCGGACCACCACCUGCUCGCCACCAUCCUGGACGACCUGAAGGCGAUCUCACCGCCAAAACCAAACCGUCCCCUGAACUCGGAGGCCAGCUGGUCGGCUGAGGAGCAGAACCAGGGCGCCUCCGUUCCCUCACCGCCUCCUUUGAAGGAGUGCCGGGUCCUGGAGGAGAUCCGGGACGUCCCUCCGCUGCUCCGACAGGCCAGCCCGGUCCAAUCGUACGACCGGAACACUCCACCGCCGCUCAAACACAAAGACAUCGGGAGCCCUCGCCGCUCCCCCGCUGACCUCCCGCUGACCUCUGGUUACAAUCCCAUCGACUCCCGUUUGGCCGCUGAGCCGCCCAACAACAGACAAACCAUCCCGCACAUUUCCACGCUGAACAGACACCUGAUGAGCGCUUUGGCUCCACCGGUCCAUUCCACGCCUCCUCCAUUAGAAACGAGUCCAGAGUCGGGCUCCCUCCAUCCUGCAGCGCUCCAUUCCAGCACCGUGGAAACACAGUCGCCCAUCGACUCGCAUCCUGUGAAUUCUUCCGCUGAUCUCCGUUCAGCCAACAGCUGUUCCAAAGAGACACCGGCUCACACUGACUCUACCUCCAGGAACGAGACCUUCGGCCUCCGUCCUCCGCUGGCGGGUUCCGGUGUUUUCUCAGGAGUCAACAACACGUCGCCUUCGCUUUCGUCCGUCGAUUCUAGGAGCCCUUCUGCUGAGCUUCACUCUGGGAGUCCAGAAUCCACGGCGGACCUUCGAUGCGCCGCUUCAGACGGACCGGAGCCGGCGGCAGAAAGUCGUCUUCAACCGGCUAGCUUGAAUUCCUCUUGUUUUGACAGACACUUGAACCACACGGCCUUACCCUCCGCCAUCUUCACCACAUCUCAGUCCACCGCCAAACCUCAGAACCACGUCCACCCUCAGUUUCCCCUCAAACUCUCUCAGAUCCACACCGACAAUCACAUCGCCUCCACCGAGAACCAGCACAACGCCUCCGACGCCCGAUUGGACUCUGAGUCGCCCCGACGGUCGGACGGCGGCGCCACGUAGGACACGCCGACACGUCCGCAGAGACAAAUGAAACGUUUCCUUCAUGGAGAAAAUAUGAGGAAAUAGUUGUUUGUUUUUCUUUCUUUAUGAUUAAAAUUGAACCAUUUAUGUUUGUUUCAUCACCGUUGUCCGAUCACAGAACUUUCUAACCGGACCACGAGCCAAUUCUUUGGAUUUAAUUUUAAAAUGUUUAGGAUUUCUAUCUAUUUGGUGAGACGUUUUGUUUGAGGCAGGAAGAAGUUUGUAAAAAAAUGUUGAUUUCACGAUAAUUAUUGGUCCCUGAAGGUCCGAGGACAAUAAAGACCAAUUCUGUCACGUAGUCUGAGAGAAGAGAGAGAAAUUAUGCGAUCAAAUGAUUCCAUCCUCUGGAGAAACGAGAUUAAAGAUGAAAAAAAAUGACGUCCAGCUACACUUUGACUCGGUCCGGUUGUAAACGUUGAUCUGUACGAAGAAACACUGAAUAAACGUUUGGUCAAAUAAA